CGCGGGGCGGCCGCGCUUGCGUCCUCGCCUCAAAGUCGGAGAGUCGCGUCACGUGACCUGGCUGCCUGGGUUUCUCUGCCUUCCCAUCCUCUUCCUGCCUUUCUAGGCCAGGCCAGCCUCUAACUGCACUUAAGCUGUCAUCCUUCUAGCUUUCCCUGGUCUCUCAGACUCCUCAAUAUGUCAACCUCAGUCCCUCAAGGGCAUAACUGGACCCGACAGAUGAAGAAGGAUGAUGAAGAAGAAGACCCACUGGACCAGCUGAUCACCCGCUCUGGCUGUGCUGCCUCCCACUUAGCAGUACAAGAGUGCAUGGCCCAGCACCAGGACUGGAGGCGGUGCCAGCCCCAAGUGCAGGCUUUCAGGGAUUGCAUGAGUGCACAGCAGAAUAAACGGCGGGAGGAACUGCAGAGGAGGAAAGAACAAGCCACUGCUCAGCACUGAGACCCUAAACACCCAUUCCCAUAGGCUAGCCCCAAAGAAAUCAGCACCCAGAGAGACCCUGGGAAGAAGGAAUCCCACGUGGUAGAAGUGGGGCUGGGAGGGGUCAAGCUUGGGGAUAGUGUUUGGGUGUAGGGUUGAGAGCAGACACAACGAGCUUAAUGGUCUGACCCCACACAUCCUCACCUUUCUUGUUCCACCAAUAUUUUUAUUUAAAAUGAAGAACAGGACAUUGGACACUCUCCACCCUGCCACCUCUUGAGUCAGUGUGCCAAGUACUGAGAUGAUACCAGGACAUUUUGACUUUAUGAGUAAAUUCACAACCUAAAGGUAAAUUGGUUACAUAAUAAGGCUUUCAUUUUUCAGUCACAAAUUCAGCAACAAAAAGUGUUUCUGAGGCAUUGAGUUGGUAAUGCGUGAUGUGAUGGGUGAUGUGAUCUCUGCCUUCAUGGUGCUCAGAAGCUAGUGUGAGAGACGGAAAUAAAUGAACACUGGGACACAUAGCUCAGUUUCCAACUGA